GUAUCGGCUACUUUUGCUGCCAGCUUAAUCAGUUCACCGGCUAUUGGUGCCUAUCUUGGCCGCAUCUAUAGUGAUAGUUUCGUCGUAGCCUUGGCUACUGCAAUCGCCUUGCUUGAUAUUCUCUUCAUUCUAGCGUUUGUGCCAGAGUCUCUUUCCGAAAGGUGGCGCCAUUCACUUCCUUCUUCCUGCCCCACUGCUGUAUAUUUGACUCACAAGGAGUCCCACUCUAGUUCCCCUCGGGUCUCUGCCUCUCUGACCCCUGGUCAGGGCGCCCCACCGCCCUACCAUCCUAGUGCCUCUUAUUCUCACUCUUCCUCGUCAGUCUCUUCAGCAGCACUCGUCUCUCCUGCAUCAGCUCACGGAGACGAACCUGACUUUUUGGCUAAAAUGCCCUCUGUUGUCACCGACGCUGCCAUCCCUAUCUCUGAUAGCACUGCUAAUAAAUGUGAUGUCGUAGAUGUUCUACAAAUUCUGGAUAGGCCAGAUACCACUGACUACAAGUCUCUUCUAGAUGCGAAGAUUGGGCCUGCUGGCAGCUGA